UGUAACGGAGUGAUACAUUGCGUUUAUUAAAUUAUGACGGAAGUGACGCAACAGCGCACGGUAUGGCACCAGCUUCCCGCCGUAGUUCAGGCAGAGCUACCAGGGAAGUCACAGGGUAAGUCAGCCUCCAGGGAAAAGCCACAUCCUAGUGUCUGGUAUUCUUGAAGCGGCAGCGACGUGGAGCUCGAGACCAUCAUAGUUGUGACCCCCGUCACAUUGGUGCCGUGACCCGUCGAUCACAAGUUGACUCUCCACUUCGGACUGGGACCACGACGCUGUGCCGCUUCUUCAUAUCACUAGGUGGACACUGUGUGCUCAUGUUCUGCAAUUAGUGUGUUCUCGUCUCAACUGCUGUUUUACAAUUGGUGUACUUUACUGCAAAUUUUUUUUCUCUUACUCUGUUUUUUUGUGAAGUCUCAAGAUGAGGUCCUUGCAAGGAACAUUUAGCACGCCUUUGAAUAAGUGUGUUGGUAGAGGUAGAGGGAUCCCGACCGUGUUGCAGUUUAGUAGCCCUGUACAGAGUGGUGUAGUUCGUGCAGAGGGGAAUGGGCGGGUUCUAGCUGAGGCCACUUCAGUUAGUGGGGACAGAGUUCCUUCCCAGACCCAGUGCAGUGUUCCUACGACAAGCGCACAAGCUACUGAUUUCGCGACGACAGAUCCCUUUCCCCCGUCACCUGACAUAGUUGGUCAGAUGAGUGACAUAAUAAGACAUGUUGGCCAGCAGCUGGCAGAUAGCAUUGUUGCACAACUCAGUCCUACACAUAACGUCGCCACGCAUAAGAACUCAGUCUUACAUGACAUGGCCGUUGACACAUCCGCACGAAGCCUUGACUCAUCACAAGUUCUGCUCGUGCCGCACAGGAAAGUUCGGGAACCUCCAGCUUUCAAGGGGGAUGACACUGAUACAGUUAAUGUGCAUGAGUGGGAAGACCUAAUGAGGAAUUACAUGAGGAGAGCAAAUGUAGCCCCUGAGCAUCAGGCAGGGGAAAUCCUCAUGAACCUCAGGGGUAGAGCUAAAGAUGUUGUUAAAGUUAGCACAAGAAACGGUGCAGUUGAUGUUUCCCAGAACCCAGAUGCCAUCUAUGGCCUUCUUCGUAAACAUUUUGCGACUGUCCCAUGUUCACCUCUCCCUCUAGCGGAUUUUUACACUACGCUCCCCGAGAAUGAUGAGGGCGCAUAUGACUAUUGGUUGAGGAUUAACAAUGCAGCUGAGAUUGCCGCUGACCGUCUCCGAGAACAGGGCAGAGAUGUGGACUGUUCUUCUCUUGAUGUAACACGGAUGUUUAUCAAGAAUUGCCCAUCCAACGAUCUUUCCAUGACAUUCAGGUCGAAAACAAUAGUGGUCGGCAGUCGAGGUCCAGGCUAUACUGGAUGAGUACCAGACAGAGAUGAGUUCAAGGACCUCUGCAUCAGCUGUGGUGAGCAGGAAGCCCGCUGAGCAUGUUUAUAUGAACAAAGUUGAGAUGCUGCCGAACACAGCGAGCAAAGAUGACGGUCGGAUAGCCCACCCAGCCAGGGCGCCCGACUCCGCGGCUCUUGAGCGUGUCAUUUCCAUGCUGGAGAGAGUUUUGCUGCAAGGAGCUAAUCCUUCCUCCACCUCUGCCGCUGGUAGACGUAGGCCAAGGCUCCCUAUGGUUGAAGGUUUGAAUAUUCUCCCAUGUGCUGUCUGCGCUAACCCCGACCACUCUGCGCUCGUU